AUGUUAUGGGUGAAUUUAGUCAUGGACACACUGGCAUCGCUUGCACUCGCCACAGAGCCGCCCACCGAGCCCUUGUUGGAACGAAAACCAUACGGCCGAACGAAAUCGAUAAUAUCAGGGAUCAUGUUGAGAAAUAUAAUUGGUCAGGCGAUCUAUCAGCUGACAAUUAUGUUCGUUCUACUGUGGUCUGGUGAUUAUUUUUUGAGACGAGGCGUUUCGACGGUUGGUCGAAUCGGCAACGAUCCGAGUCUUGGAAAGAAGCCGUCAGAACAGUUCACCGUUGUCUUCAAUUCGUUUGUAUUGAUGACACUGUUCAAUGAGAUUAAUUGUCGAAAAUUACAUGGUGAACGAAAUGUGUUCUCAGGACUACUUCGAAAUCCAUUUUUCUAUUGUAUAUGGAUCGGAUGUUUUGUAGCACAAGUAAGUAUUCAUUUCACAUGGAACCAUAGACUCUAGAGAGAACCUAGAAGUAGUGGACCAUAGGUAAUCGAUAAUCCUGAAUCUGAAUCUGACCUUGGUUUUUCCCGCUAGGCCUUACAAAUGCCGAUUUCUGGAAAACGGAUUUUCCAGAAACUCAAAAAAAAUAACCAAAGCGGUUUUUAAUGCGGCAUGAUUGUAGCCCGAAAAUUUCUGAUUAAAAUGAGACGUCUUUCAGCUCUACAUGACCUUUCUUUGCAGAGUUAUAGAAUUUACAAGAAAAGCCCUGUUCAUUGUCAGCUC